CUGCAAUGCAGUUUUAAUUAUUAUCAGUAAAAGGUUCUCCAUGUUUUUACACUGUUUUUAAUUAAGUAUUUCGCCUACGAUUAAAAUAAAAUGGCAAGCAGUAGUUCCACACCACAAAAACCGCCCGAACAGAGAAGCAAAAGUUGCGAAACGGCGUGUUCAUCGAAUUCUAGCUGUUUUUUCCAAAAAAGAAAGCCGAUUAAUCCCUUGGCGAAUUCAGUACGGACUAGUCUUUCACGAAGUACGGUUAAUUCGGUCAGACAGCGUGUCUUGUCAGCAAAAUUAUUGAAAUUAAAAAGCGUCCAAAACCAAUUAAAUGACGCCAAUUAUCACCUAGCGGAAGUUAUAAGAGAAAAUCAGGCUUUGAAAACGUUACAAAAACGUCAGGAUAGAGCACUAUCAAAAUAUGAAGGUGCAAAUGCAGAAUUGCCACGUCUUAUCAAAUCGCAUGAAGAAGAAAUACGAUUUUUGACUGAGAAAAACAAACAGUUGCGCAAAAGUGUUAAAGAACUAAAUGAGCAAUUGAAACAUAAAAGUGAUGAACUGCUGAGUGUCCAAGAACAAUUAAAACACUAUGAAAAACUUGAUAGAGAUAAGCACUUGUUGGAAAGGGAAAAAUUGGUAGAGGAAUUAGAGGAUGUGAAGGCAAAACUUAAAAAAGCGGACAGUGAAAUAGUUAUUUUGAAUAGGAAACUUACUCUAGAAAAUAAAACAUCGAAGCAGAGACUGAAUGUUGAAAUGGUAAAACAUAAACAGUGUCAAAGGGAACUCGCACAAGCGUUAACUGAAAUUAGUAAACUGACCAAAUUCGCGGAGACCAAAGACAAGCCAUCAAACGGGAGAAAGCGAUUUUCCACUUUACCUCAAAGACAAUCGACUUCCUUAGUUUCUUUAAAUGGCACCAAACAUUCCAAUUUACCAGAAAAUCCACCUUUCGCUGAUAAAACUCCAGUUACUGAGGUAAAAUUAGAACCUCUAACACAGACCAAAGAAGAGGAAAUUAGUACCAUAAAAGCAUACAAAGGAAUUUUAAAGUGUCCAUCAGAAAAUAUCAAAGCUAGAUUAUCAGCAGAUUCCAGAAAAGACAUAGAUGAAGAGAUUUUAUCAGUGGAUAAGUUAAGCAUAAGUGGAAGCGAUUCCUCAAAUGAGAAAGAAAGCCACCUAAGUCGUCCAAACUCGAAUCCAAAACUGGAAAAAAUUGAACUAAACAUACAAAAAGCUAUGCGAAAAAGCGAAGAGAAUAAAUCUGGUGAUGAACUUAGUAAGCGACUGGGAGAUUUUUGUUUACAGGCAGUGGAUUCUAUUAAAAAUUGUUCCAAUCUGAUUGAAAAUCAUAAAGAAAAUUUAGCGUUUGCAAAAGAAGAUACUGAGCAUAUAGCGGAAACUGUGAAAGGAGUUGCAAAUAUUGAAAAACGGAUGAAACGUUCAGCGAAUUUACAUUCUCCUGAAAAUGAUUUACCUGAAGAUAAUUUUGAUUUUGUUAAUAAAAUUUUAAAAGAAGAGGCAGAGUUUCAGGCAAAGUAUAACAAGAAUGGAAAGAAAAAGGAACCUGCGGUCGCAAGUAAUGAUAAACAGAAACUGCUGGCUACUUUAAGGGCAAUUGAUAAUGGGGAUAGCUUCGAUUCUUUUGAAAGCGAAUCCAAACAGGAUAAGCAAUUAAUGAAAGAACUUUUUGGGGACUUGUCGAACUGAUGGGUCGUCACUGACAGGGAAUUUAUUGUAUACUGUUAUUUUAUCCUUAUUGUUAUUUAGUGUUUAGUUAGUCUAAAUUUAGGGAAUUUGUACUUACCUGAACGAAAUUAU